AUGGCGACACCUGAGGUUCUUGAGAAGGUCGAUAUUCUUGGCCCCACUCCAGAAAAAGCAUAUCUAGAUGCGAAGGUUGAGGAGAUUAAGAGACCUGCCGAUCUGCCGUUUGAUCCAAAGGCGCUGAAGGAAAAGUAUAUACAAGAGCGGGACAAACGACUUGCGAUGGGCGGUGGCCUUGGCCAGUACAGAUUAGCCGAUGGGCAUUUGAGUCACUUCCUGAUUGAUCCUUGGGUUAAGCCAGGCUCAGGCGAACGAGAGCCGAUUGAGACAACUUGCCAAGUGGUCAUUAUUGGGGGCGGUUAUGGUGCUCAACUAGUUGCUGUUCGACUGAUUGAAGCUGGCAUUACUGACAUCAAGAUGAUUGAGAAAGCAGGUGAUUUUGGCGGAACCUGGUACUGGAACAGAUAUCCGGGGGCUCAAUGUGAUAUUGAAUCCUACAUAUACAUGCCACUUCUUGAAGAACUGAAUUACAUGCCGACUGAGAAGUACGCUCAUUCCAAGGAGCUUCUCCACCAUUCCGAGAUGAUCGGGAAGAAAUAUGGUCUCUACGAGCGUGCUCUGUUUCAAACAGAGGUGAACUCUUUAAGAUGGGACGAGGAUACCAAAACAUGGAUCACAAAGACUAAUCGCGGAGACACUAUUCGUUCGAAGUACGUUGUUCCUGCAGCAGGGCCACUUCAUCGACCUAAAUUACCGGGUUUGCCGAUAGAGAAGUUCAAAGGGCAUUCUUUCCACUCUGCUCGCUGGGAUUACAAUUACACCGGCGGCGACAAUCUUGGCAACCUCACCGGUCUCUCGGAUAAACGAGUCGCCAUCAUUGGCACUGGCGCAACUGCUGUACAGAUUGUUCCACAUCUCGGAAACUGGGCCAAGCAGGUCUAUGUCUUCCAGCGAACUCCAUCUUCCAUUGAUGUGCGUGGGAACAGGCCAACGGAUCCUGAAUGGGCAAAGUCCUUAAAGAAGGGCUGGCAAAAAGAGCGAAUGGAAAAUUUUGACAUUAUUGUUAAUGGUGGCAUAGUCGAGAAGGAUCUAGUCCACGACGGUUGGACAGAUAUUCUCCACAAUCUGCUCGCCCGUGGAAAGCCGUCCGAUGAUCCUGUAAAAGCAGCCGCAGACCGCCAAAUCGCCGACUUUGAAAAGAUGGAGCAAGUGCGUAAACGGGCUUCUGACAUUGUCAAGGACCCAGAAACUGCAGAAUCAUUGAAGCCAUGGUACAAUCAACUCUGCAAAAGACCGUGUUUCCAUGACGAGUACCUUCAAGCUUUUAACAAACCUAAUGUCAAGCUAGUGGACACUAAGGGCAGAGGCGUUGAAGAUAUCACAGAAAAGGGUGUUGUAGCCAAUGGCAAAGAAUUCGAAGUUGAUUGCAUUAUCUGGGCAACUGGCUUCGAACUUGCAACGGAGUACAGCCACAAAACGAACAUGCAGAUUUACGGCCGCGGCGGUAUGACUUUCGACGAGAAGUGGGCUGAUGGGCCUUGCACGUUGCAUGGUUGGACAACAAGAGGCUUCCCGAAUUGCUUCUUAAUCAGCGUCGUCCAAGCCGCUCUCUCACCGAACUUCCUUCACGUGACGGGCGAGCAGGCGGAGCAUCUGGCAUACGUUAUAUCCGAGGCGCAGAAGAGAGGAAUUUCGACUGUUGAGCCAACUCAAGAAGCUGAGGACAAGUGGGUCGAAACCAUCGUAACUUUGGCAAAGCUCAGGGAACCAUUCCUGAAGGAGUGCACGCCAGGGUACUAUAACAAUGAGGGCAUGGAAGCAAAUAUCAAGACUGCAAGAGGUGCGACGUACGGAGCCGGAAGUCCGGCAUUCUUCAAGUUGCUGCGAGAGUGGAGGGAAAAGGGAGAUUUGGAAGGCCUGGAUUUGACCUACGCCGACAAGUAAAGUCACGACACGGG